GGGACUAUUGGGUUGCUGGACUUAAGAACAUGAGGGGAAAAGGACACUGCCCAACCUAUUUAGGGGUGGGUCUUUUACUCAUGGUUUAUGUUUAUGAACCCUGUUUGCGGUGUUUUUCCAAAUUAAUGCUGAGUUACUUUCCUCCUUUUAUUAAAAGUUUCUUUUCUACACUCAGAUUCUGUGCUUGCAAGUGGGGAAGUAUUGCCUCUCAGAGGUGCCCAGGGAUGGUGUGUAAAUUUCCCAGGUUACUGGGUGGAGGCUCGAGCUGGUUCUCUGUUGUAUAAAUGGAAAAGGAUCCCUAGAUUUUGAACCCGGCCCUAGUUGCUGCUGGCACCACCUGGCAGAAGGGUUACAUAAGCUAUUAGAGGAGAUACCUCAUUCACAGGGACAGGACUGCAAACAAGCUAUGUUUUGAGUGAAGGUUUGCUGUUUUUAGUUUCCUACCCACUCAUUUGUAAUUUCCCCCCUUCAAAUAAUUUUGUUUACAGAUAUUAUAUAAAGCUAUUGCACAGGGGCCAAUCUGUGCUGAGCUGUAAUCCUGGUUUUCUCUGCAGCCACAGGUAAUACACAGCCUUUCUACCUAGAGACUUCUAUGGGCCCCAUCACAGACAUGAAUACAUUUAGCCUCACAAACCCUGAGGAGCAUUAUUAGCCUCACUUUACAGAGGAGGAACUGAAGCAAAAAGAAGAUGAGUGACAUGCCCAACAUCACACAGGAAAUCUGUGUCUCAGGGCCAAGAAGUGAACCCAGGGGUUUCUUAGGUUCCACUCUAGUGCCUUACCCACGAGACCAUCCUUAUCUUUUGUGUGCCUUGCUUUCCCCAUUGCUCAAGUUAUUCUUCAUAAUUGAUAUUACUUAGCACUUAGAAACCCCAAACAUACAUAUAGUAAGAAACAGCCCUAGCCCCCAAAAGCAUACAAUCUAAAUAGACAGAAAAGACAAAUGGAGUGGGGGAUAAAACAGACACAGAAGUGAGCCAGGAAUAGAACCCAGUUCUUGAACAGCGAUACCGGCUUACUUCACAAGAGUGCUGUAAGAUAACAACAUAAAGUACGUGAAAUAUGUUAGUUCUAAUAAUACUUCAUUGCCCCUCAGAACAUAGUAAACUUUGGAAGGUCUCACAGUCCAGGGCCUACCUGCGAGGCAUGUUGUGUGCAGAGUGCUGUGGACAUUACUUUAAUAUUUCUAAACCAUGUGUUUUAGAAGAUGAAAAAGUGACAUACACAUGCUUGAUGUGUUGUUGUUAUAACCCUGGGUUGUGUUCCUUCCUGAUUCUUCUAGACACUCAUUUGAAUCUCAAGCUCCCCAAGGAAUAGCCCUUAGAGGGAAACAAAGAAACAGUCACACGCUCCAGCACAGGAGAUAGACUAGCCCUUCAGCCAGUGAUAUUUUGCCCUUUGUUCCACAAACAGUAAAGCACUUACUUUAGCACUGGGAUUGUUUGACUGGAACCAUACCCCAGCAACCAGGUUCCCAUGAAUACAAAAUGACUGCAUCAAAACAAGAAGGUGGCAGGGUUUUGCAACUUUAAAAGAAGUAGCCCUGUGUGGGCUUAGAAUAGUGAAAGUAUUUAAAGUCCUUAAGAGAUGGGUUUACAAAAAUGCAGAGGCUGUUUGAGUUGUCUGUUGAUACCUCUUGCACUUUGGAGUAUUGUUGUUAAUAUCCUGUUAUACUUCCCUAAUGGGAAAACUUCAUACGCCACCAGUAACCAGCUCACCAACUACGUGUGGUAUUUUGAAGGAAUAUGUUUCUCUGGUGUGAUGAUGCUUCUGUUAGCAGCACUUCUAAUAACACUGGAGCGUGACACGUUCUACCAAUGCUGCCAGAGCGAGAGCUGUAACAAAACGUACAGGAGUUUCAUUUCAGUUGUGUUAGCCCUGCUUGGAAUUGCUUUUUCGGGAUAUAAUGUCAUCAUCUCUACUUUGGGCUUAGUGCAAGGCCCAUUCUGCAAUACUCCAGCUGGCUGGGGUUAUAUCUUCAAAGACACUGCAGGGGGUUACCUCAUUGCGUACAGCUCCUGGUCUCAGUGCACUGAACCCGUGCACGUAGUGGAGUGGAACAUCAUUUUAUUCUCUAUUCUCAUAGCCCUUAGUGGACUUCAAGUGAUCAUCUGCUUUCUUAAAGUGAUGGCCGAAUUAAAACAGAUACUCUGUGGGACCUACUCUGUCUUUAUACAGCCGGGGAUUAUCUGAAUGUAGCAGAGAACGCUUCAUUGCCAGCCAGGCUUCGCUCCUCCAGUGUUUACUGUUCUACAUAGCAGAUCUGUGGGUGCCAUUAAAACUAAUUUUCCACGGAUUUCUUUUUCACACCCACUUCUCUCAUGAAAUGUACUUUUAGAUUCACUUAAAUGGUUUUUGAUAGCUAAAAUAUAAGCUCUCCCAUGUUUUCUUAAAUACGACAUCCAUUUCUUAACCACAGCUAAUCCUGAAUGACAAUGAUAACGGUGUCUCUUUUGCUUUGCCAUCCAGUUUGUGUUGUAUGAGUGCUAUGAAACUGCUUUCACACAGAAAUCUCUAGUUUUCAAUAAAGAAAGUGCUGUAAAGCUGCCAUGCUUUCAUAGA